AUGCUCCCUACUUGUUACUCAGGCACUAUAAAAGACAGCCUGAAACUAUGCUCGGGUCCUUUGUCACUGCCCAGCACCAGGAAGCACUGUGAGAGCAGCGUCUUGCAGAGUCCUGUGUUCACCAAGCAGCCUGGCAGCAUCGUGUAUCCUGUGGAGACGGUGGAGAGGAACAGGGAGGUGGUGUUUAGCUGUGAAGCACAGGGAAGCCCACCUCUCUUGUACCGGUGGAAGCUGAAUGGCACAGAAAUCCGUCCCAAAUCUGGAUCGCACUACAGCCUUUCUGGAGGCAACCUCAGAAUCAGCCAUCUGAACAAAGACCAAGAUGCUGGAACGUAUCAGUGCCUCGCCUCCAACUCUUUUGGGACCAUCGUCAGCCGAGAGGCCAGUCUAACCUUUGCAUACUUGGAAAACUUCAAGACUCACAGAAGAAGCUCUGUAUCAGUACGUGAGGGUCAGGGAGUGGUUCUGCUAUGCGGCCCUCCACCACAUUCUGGAGAGCUCGUAUUUUCCUGGAUCUUCAAUGAGUACCCAACUUUUGUGAAGCAGGAUACUCGCCGCUUCAUCUCGCAGGAGACAGGAAAUCUGUACAUUGCCAAAGUGGAGCCCUCAGAUGUAGGAAACUAUACCUGUGUGGUGACCAACACUGUCACAAAGACCCGAGUCCAGGGUCCACCCACUCCACUUGUGCUCCGCAGUGACGGUGUGAUGGGUGAAUAUGAGCCAAAGAUUGAAGUUCAGUUUCCAGAGGUUGUUCAUGUUGCCAAAGGAUCCACUGUAAAGCUGGAAUGCUUCGCUCUGGGAAACCCGGUCCCAUCAAUAAACUGGAGGAGAGUGGAUGGUGUACCCUUCCCGAGGAAAGUGGACAUGAGGAAAGCCAGCGGUGUCUUGGAAAUCCCAUAUUUCCAGCAGGAGGAUGCUGGCAUGUACGAGUGCGUGGCUGAGAACUCCAGGGGAAUGAACACAGUAAAAGGAAAGCUCUAUUUCUACGCACCUCCUCAUCUCAUUGAGAAACCUCAAGAUGUCCAGAAGCUCAUUGAUGACUCGUUGGUGUGGGAGUGCAAAGCCACAGGGAAGCCGAAGCCUUCAUACAGGUGGAUGAAAAAUGGAGAGAACCUUGAGUCUACAGAGGAGCGCAUACAAGUGGCCAAUGGGGCCUUGUCGAUCAGCCGUCUGACCCUGUCCGAUACGGGAAUGUACCAGUGUGUGGCCGGGAACAAGCACGCUGAGGUCUACUCCAACGCAGAGCUCAGAGUUAUAGCUGUUGCCCCAGAUUUCUCUCACAACCAACUGAGGAGCCAGACGCUGGUGAAGGUGGGAGGAGACGUGCUCGUCGAAUGCAAGCCUAAGAUGUCGCCUUGGGGUGUGGUCUCUUGGCGGAAGGGCAGCGAACCGCUCCGAGAAACUAACAGGGUCUCAAUUCUGGAUAACGGAAACCUCCGCAUGUGGAAUGCAACCAAAUCUGAUGCAGGUCUUUAUACCUGUGUGGCAAGAAACCAGUUUGGUGUGGCAAGCAGCACAGGAAGCAUCACAGUUAAAGAGCCGACCAUCAUCACCACCCAGCCGUCCACGCUCGACAUCACUGUUGGGGAGAGUGUGGUCCUGCCCUGUCAAGUAAGCCACGAUCCAUCUCUGGAGCUCAAGUUCACCUGGUUCUUCAAUGAGCAGCUCAUCCACUUCGGCAGCCACGGUGGAUAUUUCGAGAAAGUGGGAGGCCAGCAUUCUGCAGGAGACAUUAUGAUUCGAAAUAUCCAGCUGAGGCAUGCAGGGAAGUACACGUGCGCCGUGCAGACGAAGGUGGACAGCAUUUCCAUUGCCGUGGACUUGGUUGUCAGAGGUCCCCCGGGCCCCCCCACCAGCAUCCAUGUUGAAGAAAUCACUGAUACCACAGCAUCUCUGUCCUGGAGGCCUGGUCCUGAUAAUCACAGUCCAAUUACGGCAUACACCAUCCAGGCCAGGACACCAUUUUCCCUCGGGUGGCAGGCUGUCACCACAGUUCCUGAGGUGGUGGGGGGCCAUCGGCUGACAGCUACAGUAAUAGACCUGAGCCCUUGGGUGGAGUAUGAGUUUCGAGUCCUGGCAAGCAACACCAUUGGGACUGGAGAGCCCAGCAAGCCAUCCAAACAAGCAAGGACAAAAGGGACCUCGCCGAAGGUCACACCAGCUAAUGUGAGUGGAGGCGGUGGCAGUCGCUCGGAAUUAGUCAUCACAUGGGAGCCGGUCCCAGAGGAGCUGCAGAACGGAGCAGGGUUCGGCUAUGUUGUGGCCUUUCGACCCCAUGGUACAACUGUGUGGAUGCAGGCUGCGGUGCCGUCUCCUGAAGCAUCCAGAUAUGUCUUCAAAAAUGAGAGCAUCCAACCCUUCUCGCCUUUCCAUGUGAAGGUUGGAGUUUACAACAAUGAGGGGGAAGGGCCCUUUGGACCUGUCACAACUAUCUACUCUGCUGAGGAAGAGCCUGGCCGAGCGCCCACCAGGGUCCGUGCUAAGAGCCUCUCUGCAUCUGAGAUUGAAGUUUCUUGGAAAGCUCUGCCUUGGAAUGCCAGCAAGAAAAGAGUGCUGGGAUAUGAGCUGAGGUACUGGAGUAGAAGUGAAAAGGAAGACACUGCCAAUAUGCAAAGGACCGUAGGAAAUCAAACGUCGACUAUUAUCCGUGGGUUGAAAGGCAGUACCACAUAUUACGUCUCUGUGAGGGCAUACAACACUGCUGGGGGUGGGCCUCCCAGCUCCACUGUUAACGUCACCACCAAAAAACCACCUCCCAGUCAGCCACCAGUUAAAGUGACGUGGAACACAUCAAACUCCAAGAUUAUAUUGAACUGGGAACAGGUCAGGGCUCUGGAGAAUGAGUCAGAGGUCACCGGCUACAAAGUGCUGUACAAGAAGAAUCAGCACAGCCGCCCCAACGUCAUGGAAACAAACACGACCUCCAUCGAGCUGGCUCUGCCCACUGAUGAGGAUUAUAUCGUACAGAUAAAACCCUUCGGAGAGGGAGGAGAAGGCAGCAGUAGCAGGCAGAUCACCAUCCCGAGGAUCCCAGGCCCCAACGCAGUCGGCUCAGCGUCCAAGGUCUCCACUCUGUCAGCCCUCAGUACAAUAGCACUGUCUUUCACAGCACGGACAUCUUUAUGACAAACAGCUUCCAGCAGACGUUGAAUCUGAUGUGCAGACAGCUCAACAGAGGAAUGCAAACACAGCCCGCUCUGGUGUGACUAGAUCCAUUCAUUUAGAUUUUAGCCGCAGAAGGAAGAUGCUGACGAAAAAGGAAAAAAUACACCAUUGAGAUGACAGAAAAGGACUCCCAUUCAGCACCCAUGCUAAGUAAAGGGGAUUGACUGAUGUCGCGACUAUGUUGUUACCAAAGCAGCUUUCAUAAGAAAAAAGAAAAAAGUCUUAAAUGCAUCUUUUUGUAUGUUAAGCUUUUAUAGAUUUUUUUCAUAGUUAAUUUGAUGUUGGUCUGGGCUUUCUGGGUUAGAGAAUAAUUAAGUGUGUGACAAACAACAUCAUCAAAUAUUCCAGUCUGGAGGUUUGGGAUCUGAUUGGACAGUGCACCUUUUGUCUUUGAGAAUAGGGUAAUACUUGUAACUUAGGUUGUAACACCACAACAGCUCUUUCUUGUCUUAAAUGAGUGACCUAAUAGGCUUACUGUUAUCUCUUACAUCUCUGCAUUUCUGCAAUAUUUCAAUCAGAGGACUGCAUUAGGUCUUUGUUUAUAUCAGUCAUUUACAAGUGCUGCAAGUGAAGAGAGCUUUUCAAAUCAUAUAUUCCCAGACAGCAGAUGCUAAAGAGUUCAUGUUUGCGAAUCUAAAAAAGCUGGCUGACUAAUGCUCGUGCAAAGUGGAUGAGAUAGAUUGGAAACUUCUUUCCAAUGUGUUAAAUCUGCAAGACAACACUAUAUUAUCUUUGGGUUAUCCUCCUGUUCACUGGCACUAACUACAAAAACAAAAACAAAAACAAGAAGUCUGAAUAUUUGUCCAAACUUUCUUAAUGCAAUACUCAAAUACUAUCUGUGUGUAUUGUGUAACCACUGCUGUCCAUACUGGCCCUUUGAAACAUGACUUCACUUUUUAGGACAGGGGACAAAUCCAGUUGGUGUUCCGUGCAAAACUUUUCUCUUCAGGCCGAAGCUUCUAUGAGGCUGUAACUGUAUUCCAAGGUUCUCCUCUCAUGAAAUCCUCAUUCUCAAAAUGCUGCUAUGCAGCAGAGUGAUUUAUCCUGGUACUUCAAUGUCAGGUUGUUACUGGGAUAGCAAACCUCUGCACUACAAAGAUACCCGCUUGAACUUGCUAACGGGGGAAUACUGCAGCUUCAUAUUAGCUUCUGCUGAACUCCAGAUAUCAAUUUUGCACAUAAGGAAGACUGUAAAUGACAUUAUAAUUGCACUCAGCUUGGAUCGCUUCAGGGCCACUAAGGACAGAUGUAAUGGAUACUACUACCAAUAGCUUCACUGGUGUCAGAUAGCCUGAGAUAAAGGAAAGAACGUGUUAGCAUGUCCAGUUUUUACAGCCAGUUUUCUUGUGGAAGGUGACCAAGAACUUCCAGAAAUUCAGACUCCCAGAAGCCCUUUGAGCUCGCUGUCUGAAACAGCACCAAGCUGUACUGGAGAGCACCUCCCCUGAGUUCCUCUAGCUUGGUCAUUGGACCGCUCCGGGGACUGGACCCUUGUGGCUGUCUCAUGCUCCUCUUCUUUCAGUUAGCCCUGUGUUUAGAGCUAUUCUUUGCCUUCUGUGUGCCUCAUCAUAUGUUCAAAAUCCUCAGGUCCUUAAAGAGCCUUAACUUAUGUGUAUAUCAAGAACAUUAGAAACAUAGAACUAUAGAGCAGCCGCAGUGAUGUUUACAUGCUGCUGUGUUGAUGCAUACUGUAUGUGGUGGGGUCACUAUGAUUAGUUUGGAUGGCAUUCAGCUGUUUUGCAUGGAUUUUGGCAAUAUAUGAGGGCCUGGUGCAUUUUUAUAUGUGUGUAUUCCUAAUAAAAGACGAUGCUGCUGAUCUUUUUCUUUCCCAUUCUCUUUUAAUGCCAUGUGGGCGUGCUGUGCUACAGAGGUACAGUGCAGUCUGUAUGUAGCUUGUAAUCCAGUGAAGUAGUUUGUACUUUAAAGGGAGGUGUGCUGUAGGCUACGGAGUCUUGCUCAGAUGCAAGAAAUGCAUCAAGAAAUGUGUAAAAUACUGUUUUUGUACACUUCAAAUCAUUUAUAUAAAAGAACCUUUCUAAAGAGAUGAUUUACUUUAUGUUUUUAUGUAAUGACUUUGUUUCAUACUGUAGGUAACUGUUGCUCAGCAUGACUGUGCGUCCUCUCUAUUCUGUCCAUCUGCAAACAGACUGAAUGGCUUUAGGAACAUGCAAGUCCAUGCAUCUGAUAGGUUUGUGUAUAGGCCUACUGUAUGUGCACCAUGAUAUCUGAACCAUGAUCAGCCCUGUGUCUUUGCUUCUGUCUCAGUCAGCCCCUCUGAAAUGUACUACUGGUCUACCGUCCAUAUACGCUCUACAUGCGAGUUUCCUCUGUUGCUAUUUGUUGUUUAUACUGUGUUAAUAAAGAUUAUUGAUUUAUACAA